CAAAGUUCAAACAACACACAACGUAAGAUAUGGAUUCUUUCAAGCUGUUUCAAUCUUACAACAAUUUGAAGUUUCUAUUAUCUUUUUCUUUCUUCUUUCUUCUGUUUUCUCUGUUUCCUUUACUCUCUCAAUCCUUGAAACCAUUCCUUAUGCAAUUCUUUAGCUACAACAUUGAUAAGAGUUACAUGUUCCUUCUCUGCAAUACCCUUCUUGCUUUUAUAGCAUUGUAUUCAAGUCUGUUCAAUAAUAAUACCUCUUCAUCAAUUACUCCCGAAAGCGAGAAGAUUAACCGGUUCGAGUAUUACAUAUCAGAAUCUGAGAUUACAGAACCAAUUGUCGAUGAUAACAUUAUGGUAAGUGAAUCCCCACAAAAAGAAGAGGAAGAAAAGAGUUUGAUGAUAGUGGAAGAACCAGAGAGUGUGGUUAUUGAAGAAGAAGAAGAUGAUGAUGAUGAUGACGGCGACCACUACGAAGAGGGAAAUGCUCUUAUGAUAAUUGAUGGAGAUGAUGAAACAGAGGAAUUGAAUAAGAAAUGUGAGGAUUUUAUAAAAAAGAUGAAAGCUGUGUUCUGUUCUGAUUCAAGAGCUGAAAAUAGUUCUUAUUUUGAUUAUUAUCAGAAUCAGAAAUCACUUGUGCUUGUUAAUUAGUAGUAAUUGAUUAUUAGUGUUAUAUGACCUUAACUUUCUUAGAUUUUUCAUUCCAACUAGAAUUUUCUCUUUUUUACUUGUAGGAAUUAAAUAUUUCUAUUUUCUACAUGAUAUGAUUGUUUUAUGUUC